AUGAGUAGUCGAAUCGGAAGAGUCUAUGAUCGUCCGAUGGAUCGGCGUUCCCGUUCAUCAUCCGCCCAUCCUCCUCAACCAUACCACGCUAUUUCUGAGGUCUACACCAAGGAAAUCACCCAUCACCCGAUUGGUCCCGCUUCUGAAUACCCUCCAGAAGUCAUCGAGAUGUUGAGGGAGGAGCCACGGGCGCCCCAUACUGAAGGCUCAGCUGAGGAGAGAACUCAUACACCACCGUUGAUUAGAAGCCGAGAAAACACGUGGACACCUGAAAACUUUCCGAUCGUUCGUGUACCAUCCGCCCAGUUUACUGAUAUUAUGACGGAGCUCUAUGACUAUCAUGAAGUGGAGGAGAAGUACACCCGUCGUUCAGUAACUCCUGAUCCAGCACCUCUCCGAUCCCCACCAACCUAUCAAGUCAUCCCACCGACUCCUGAGAAAACAACGCCACGUCAUCAUCAAGGAAUCCCGCUGACGACGUCCGAGAAGAAGCCUCUUCCAAUGUAUGAAGAAUAUGUGAAAAUGCAGAGAGACGAGAAUCGAAAUGUUCCAAGACCCAAGUCUCCAUCUUCAGGAGCUUCUGAAUCCAAUAGGGUCAAUAACAAUGAGAAACUCCGUCACAUUGACUCGUCCUCUUCUGAAUCUGUGACAGAUUCUGAGGCCACUAUUCAGAAUUCUGGAGAUGUAAAGCAUCCAGAAGACUCGGGAAAACGUUACGUGUAUACUCAUGAUGUCUACGUGGAUUCAACAACUGGGAGACCGUUUACACCUGGGAGAGAAGAUGUUCAGGAGAAGAGGAAUUGUGAUAAGUUUAAGCUGAAUGUCUACUUCAAACCUCCCCACCCUCCAGUCGAAGAAUUCUACAAAUUAGACGAAAUUGAAAUUGAGAAGCAAGAGGGCAUUGUUCUCCCGACGCUCCGCCCCUCGCGUUCCUCGACUAUAUUAUCUCGAAGUGCCUCGUCCAAUCCAUCAGUUCCAAUGGAUCAUCGUCGUGCUAUUCCGACUCGCACUUCUGUUCUUCGUAAGGAACACGAGAUUCUUACUGUUCCACUGAACAGAAGUCAAUCUGUGAGACAAUCGAGGAUCUCCGAGCAGAGUAGACGUUCCACAUCGAAAACCGUCACCGAACGUUCGAUCCCAGUCCACCUGGAGGACACCCAAUCCAUCAAUAUGGAUGAAAUUUUCCCGAAAAUGCCACAUCCACAAACUGUCACCAAUGUCCAUCAUCAACACCCGCAAAGUCGAUCUUCAACUAUUUCGAGAGCUCCAGAAGUUCGAGGAUCCAUCGAUAAGGGAGACUACCCACGUCAACAUCGUACUCCAUCAGUAGUCUCUAGAAAUACCGUGCCAGUUCAUUCGGGUACCCCGGAUCUUCCAUUUACGAGAGGAAUCUCCAAGACGCCAAGUGUUCAGGACUACAAAGCUAAACGACCAUCCGAACGCUCACCAAGCUUCCUUUCUUCCCAUGCUCCGUCGCAUAAAACUACUGAAAGAUCCCCGUCCGAAGUCCGCAUUCCAGUGACCGUACAGUCAACAGCUCCAAUAUCUCAGCAUAGACCUCACGAGAAGCCUCAUGAGAAGCGCCCGAGCCCGGAAGAAUUGGAUUAUGGACGAUUCCCAAAUGGCCAAUCUCGUUAUCCAGGAGACCACGUGAGGGAUCUACAGUAUACCAGAGGAGUCUCCAAGACACCCAGUGAUAAGGAUUACCGAGUGGAGAGAACACCACCAUCAACUGUUCAUAUUCCAUACAACAAUCCGGAAAAAGAGAGAGCCUACCAAGCCGCCAAAUCCAUUCCAUCUGCCAGGUCCUCGUAUAGAUCUGAAACCAACAAGUCACUGGCUCCAUCUGAGAGGUACAGUAACCGAGUACCUCACGAAGAGACUCCAGAACUACCAUUCACUAGAGGCAUCUCGAAAACUCCGAGCGAUACGGAAAAGAGAAGUCCAUCGUCAACAGUGCAUAUUCCAUUCAAUGAUCCGGAGAAGGAAAGAGCCUACCAACAAUCCCAAGCUUCUCCAAAACAUCGCCCGUCUGGAAGGACCCAAUCGCCAUCAAAGCCACGUGUCCGCUCUCCUAGUGCCAAGGCGAGACCCACGUCACAGGGACCAUUCGAAGAGAUAGUGCACAUAAAGGAGAGAUACGAGAGAGACGAGACGAUUCGCCGCUUUUUCCCGACUACAACUACCGUUUAG